UACACACAGCACACUCCCCUCCCCCCCUUUACAAGUCAGUCAUGUGACCGUGAUGUCAUUCUUUCAAGCAGAAACUCUAUUCAGCCACAUAGACAAGAGGCAGCAGUUCCAGUAACAUGUAACUUCCUGCUGAAGCUGUGUCCAUAUGUAACGCACAGGCACAUACAGGCUGAUUGAUGCAACCUGGCAGCAGAAGGGAAAGCUGACGGCGUGAACAUGAAACCUUUGUGCACAUGGACGGCUGGUAGGAUCAUAUGUAUACUCUAUAUUCCAUCUCAUCACCACCAACUCUUGUGGUGACAAUUAAGUAGUUUAAUGCAUGAAUAUGUUAAGGAUUUUUGGAUUAUAACUAACAUGAGAUGUUCCAGAGUCUUCUGCACUCACAGCAUGGUGAUGCGGUAUAGCCCUAAGACUAUGAAUCCCCAUUCUGCUCCAUGGCAGACCAUCUGGUACUUUAUUGUGGGGGGUCUUUUACUGACUUGUACUUGGGCUGCUACUGAGUCGGAGCAAUGGGACAGCCCUGAAUAUCUGGAUAUUGGAAACGGAGAAAGAGCGUGGAUGGAUUCAACAAUGGAUGACAUGUCUCCGCAUGGACAUCCCGUGUACAGUGACGAAUUUCCCGAGGAUUCAACGAUAGAACAGAAUAUAGCAGCAAUGCCUGGACAAUGGGAACAGUCCCCUUUUCAGCCACCUGGGGCGUUCUCCACUGCUGGACUGGGUGCAGUGAUGGUGGACUCUUACCGUGGUCCAGGUAACAGUGACACUAGAAGCAACAAAGAGUUGCCCAUUCUUCUGUGGUGGAGUGAGAACCUGUUCCCUCACUUUCCUGGCGAGACAGAGCGCAUUGACUGUCCACUAAGUUCCUGCAUGGUGACAAAAGAUAAGAGAGUAAAACUCCACAAAAGGACUAAAUCUAUCAUUUUUUAUGGCACUGACUUUAGAGCGUAUGAAGCUCCGCUGCCCAGACUGCCUCACCAGACAUGGGCCCUGUUUCAUGAGGAAUCACCAAUGAAUAACUAUGUUCUGUCACAUUUGCCCGGAAUUUGUCUUUUUAACUACACUGCCACCUUCAGACGAGAGUCUGACUACCCUCUCACCUUGCAGUGGCUGCCCACAAUAGGUUAUUUGCAGAAGCCAGCUGUGUCUAUAGCAGAAAAAAACAAGUGGCGCGGAAAAGGGUAUGCCCCCGUUUUGUACAUGCAGUCCCACUGUGAUGUUCCAUCAGACAGAGAUCGUUAUGUGAAAGAGUUAAUGAAGUACAUUCAGAUUGACUCAUAUGGUCAGUGUUUAAAGAACCGCCAAUUCCAAAGCAAGAGACUUGAGGACACUUCAACAGCCACCACAGAAGAUCAAGAGUUCAUGGCAUUUACUGCAAGAUACAAGUUCCAUUUGGCAAUGGAAAACGCUAUAUGUGCUGAUUAUAUGACAGAGAAGCUAUGGCGACCUAUGCACCUAGGGGCAAUUCCAAUGUACAGGGGAUCCCCUUCUGUCAAGGACUGGAUUCCCAACAACCACUCUAUAAUAUUAAUUGAUGACUUCACAACACCAAAGGACCUGGCUGAGCUCAUCAUUUCUUUGGAUAAGGAUGAUGAAUCUUACCUCAAAUACUUAGAGUAUAAGAAACCUGGUGGGAUAAGAAACAAGCUGCUACUGGCCAGUAUGGAGAAGAGAGAAUGGGGGGUGAAUGAUAUGACCGCACCAAACUACCUUAAUGGCUUUGAAUGCUUUGUCUGUGAUCAGGAGAAUGCUAGAGUCAAAGCUGAGAAGAAACAUAAGAAGUCUCAGGACAAAAGUCCAGCUCCAGUUCCACAUAUCGCUGAGUAUAAUCAUAUGGGCUGUCCCGUGCCUGUGCCUGGUAUAGGAAGUGCUGAUGAGAUCCCAGAAAAUGACAGUUGGAAGCAGAUGUGGCUACAAGAUUACUGGCAAAGUUUCGAUCAAGGAGAGGCACUUACCGCCAUGAUUCUACGAAACGAAACUAGUCAGGAUAAAUUUUGGGAUUUCAUGCAUGAAAUGUAUAUAAAGAGAAACAUGAAUCAUUGACAGCUAUUUUAUACUUUUAUAUGACACUUGCUGGAUACUUAACACCAAAAAUAAAACCGUUGGAGAACUUGAAGGACUUUUACAGUCAUGACAUUUUCAGUUCCUCCAUAGAAGGAUGGAGGUAUACCUCAUGGUAUUUAUUUUUUUCUGUGUGCCAAAGCAUUUUUGCUGACAAACCUUGAACUUUAAUAGAUAUUUGAGAACAUUUUCAGGAUAGAUCUGUUUUCUGUUGUUGUACUCAACAUUUAAAAGAUUACAAGCACUCCAUAAUACCAAAAACAACGCAAAUACUAUAUGUGAACUAAAAAAUGAGUAAUUCUACUGAAGUUGUAAAAGGCUGUAUUAGAAACCAAAAGAACACUGAUCACGCAGGACAAGAUAAAGAUUUCAAAAAUAUAGAUCUUUAUAAUGCCAUUGAAAUCAUAUUACAGGGGGAAAUUUAAAAAAUAUAUAUAAAAAAACAACAACAGGAGGAACAUACAGUGGAUAAACAAUGUAACAGUGCCCACCCAAAAGCAACUAUACAAAAUGUAGUCUAAAUAAGAUGUGUAUAGAACCAAAAGACCCCAGAAGGUCUAUAUAUAUUUUUUAUAUUUUUUGCUCUGUGUGGAUUCAUUUUAAAAUUUUCUCCUGUAUUCCUAUUUAUCUGAUUUUACUGACAUUAUAAUAAAGAUUUAUAGUUUUUAUUUUAUCCUGGACCUACACGAUCAUUACUCUGGUGUAUACCUAUUUGUAUGCAUAAAGAUCCUUACACGUGG